AGGGAGGCCAGGCCCCGCUGGACAGCAGAGGUCCCGAGGCGUGGAGGCUGAGCCAGGCCUGUGGGCAGGAGCGGGAGGAAGGAAGGGACGCGAGAGGACAGCAGUGAGGGGUGCCUGGGGGUGGGCGCGGAGGCCAGGGCGACAGGAAGCCCAGCAGCUGGACCGAGGAGCAUAAAUAGCCCCGCGCAGAGCCGGCACCGGGCUGGGCGGCGCUCACUCGGCAGGGGCUGUGCUGUCCCCGCGGUGGCCUGAGCACCGGCAGCGCUGACCCCCACCCCCGCCCGCACCGUGUCCCAGAUGCUCUCCCGGGCAGCCAUGCUGCUGGGCGGCCUCCUCCUCGCGGUGGCCACCAUGAUUGCAGCCCAAAGGAGUGGACCCGAGGCGGCUGCGCAGUGCCAGGUGCACCUGGUCCAGAGCGGCCCGUGCAGCUACACCUUCGUGCUGCCCGACCCGCAGCUCUGCCCGCUGGGGGACCCCGGGAGCCCCGACAGCCUCCAGAGGGACGUGUCCCCCACAGCGCCCUCGGCCUCCCUGGGCGCCUGGCGGGCCCAGCGGAUGCGACAGCUGGAGAAGGCGCUGGAGAACAGCACGCUGCGGCUGCAGAAGCUAGAGAGGUACAUCCAGAUGAAUCUGAGGUCAAAGCUGGCGCGGGCCCAGCAGCACAUGGUCCAGAACCAAACGGCCGCCAUGUUGGAGCUGGGCUCAGACAUCCUGAACGAGACGGCGGCCCGCACCUCCGACGUGGAAGCCAAGGUGCUGAACGAGACGUCGCGCCUGGAGGUCCAGAUGAUGGAGACCUCGCUGUCCACCGAGGAGCUGGAGAAGCAGCUGCUGCAGCACAGCAACGAGCUGCACCGGCUGCAGGGCCGCAGCAGCGCGCUGGAGACGCGGUUGCAGGCCCUGGAGACGCAGCAGCAGGAGGACCUGGCCAGCCUCCGCGAGGAGAAGGAGCAGCUGCGGCGCCUGCUGGGCAACCACAGCGGCGCCCUGGCUGUCCUGGAGCGCAGCCUGCGCCUCGCCAGCAGCAACUCGAGCCUUCUGCAGAUGCAGCAGCGCCAACUGCUGGAGUCGGUGCAGCGCCUAGUGCACGUGAUGGCGCAGGGCCCCGGCGGGAGCGCGGCAGCCCCCAUGAGGGCCCCUGAGCAGAUGUUCCAGGACUGCGCCGAGAUCCGCCGCUCCGGAGCCACCGCCGACGGCGUCUACACCAUCCGCGUGGCCAACGACUCGGAGCCCAAGAAGGUGGGUGCCUCCCGGGGCUGGGAGCAGAGGGCGCCCCGUGGGGCUCCCCAGGCAGGCCCCAGCAGCUUCGGGCUUUUCAGCCAUCCAAGAUGCCAGCGGAGGUGGGGGUGCCCGACCUGUGGGGGCCCCCAGUCAGGGGUCCAUCGGGAGGUGAAGGGAAAGCUCCCAGAGCACCUCCGGCAGGAAGUGGUUGUGCUGGGAAGGGAGGCGCCGCCGGUGGGACCGGAAACGCCAGGGGAGGGGCUUAGCACCUGCCGCUCACAGGGGCCCACUGGAGGCGGGAGCUGGGCUCCGCCCCCUGGGAAAUGGGCACCUGGGGCUCGUUUCGAUGAGGGGCUCCCCAGGUGCCCUGAGCUCUCAGCCCAGUCGCCAGGUGGGAAGGGGUGGGAGGAGAACAGCGGGUCAGGAGGGAGGGCUGGGGCAGCCCAGAAGGAGGAGGGCAUGGGAGCAGGUGGCCAUGUCCUGCUCCGUGAUCCUCUCAGCCCCCAGAGUGUGAGAGGGACAGUGGCUCAGAUCGUCUGCAAACCGUCUUCAGCACCUUCUCACACACCUGCUCACCAAAGAGACCAAGCCCAGGGCCCUGUGUGGGCAGACUCCAGCUAGAAUCCCAUGGCAUUAUUUCUUUCAGGAGAUGUAUGGACUAGUACCAGGGACUGACCCGGAGGCUCGUGACCACUGAGCCACAUCCCCAGCGACACAGGGUCUCACGGACUUGCUUAGGGCUCACUGAGCUGCUGAGGCUGGCUUUGAACUUGCAGUCCUCCUGCCUCAGCCUCCAAGUCACUGGAAUUACAGGCAUGGACCACCGUGUCCGGCUUAUUAGAUUUGUUUUUUAAAUCAUCUGAAUAGAGGCAAGGGUUACUAGUUUUCUAUUUAUGGUACUGGUAAGAUUUCCUUUUAAAAUAUUUUUAACCUAAGCAUCUAUUUAAAUGUUUAAAAAAAGGAUUCCAUUUUUAAAAGUAAAUAUACUGUGUGAAAGUAAGUAAAUUCCCCAGUGUGGCAUUGCAGAAGGCUGGAUGACGGAGACCGGGGACGGUAACAGGGAGGAGCUUGUCUGGGAGAUGAGACACCAGGCUCACACCUCAGCUUUCCUUUUUU